AUGCAUGCCAGAGACAGCGCGGCGACAACUGCAGUUGAAGAGGCCAAGUUCGCGGCCAAGGACGCUGCGACCGCGGCGAUGGUUGCUGCUGACGCCGCGGCGGAGGCAAGCAGCGCAGCCAAGCUCGCGGCGGAGGCCGUCAUGGUUGCCUCAUCAUCGAGCAUGAAAGAAGAGCCUGGAAGGCUGGUAGUCUAUUCAGGGCGCAGCGAGUCUCUCGUAGCGCCCAUCAUCGAGCAGUUCGCAGAGGCUACCGGCAUAGACGUCCAGGUGAAGUACGGCAGCACUUUUGCGAUGGCUGCCACCCUUCUGGAGGAAGGCUCCAACUCGCCCGCCGAUGUCUUCUUCGCGCAGGACCCGGGCGGCUGGGGGCUGUUUCCUCCAUGCUGUCCCCCCUCCCGGCUGAUGUCGUAUUGA